AAACUUUAGCGCUAGUGGUGCACUGGUGCGGUAUUAUGAUCGUGUAAUGAAUAAUGAUGAACCGUGCCGUGCGGCAAUACAAUUGUGUUUACUCUCGUUAUUAUUAUUAUAUUAUCCGAUAAAACUGUUAUUGCACAUUCGACAUUUGUGAUAACGAUGUACAACGGAAUAGGUUUGGCAACAGCCCGUGGAUCGGGCACCAACGGUUACGUUCAACGAAAUUGGGCGGCCAUAAAAAAAGUCAAAGACCAGACGUCUUUCAAAACCGAUGAAGAGUUGGCCAAAAUCGAUUCUGCAGCUAACCGUCAGCCAAACCAGGAGCUGUUGGAUCACGACCGUAAGCGAAAGAUCGAACUGAAAUGUAUUGAACUCGAACAGUCUUUGGAAGACCAAGGUCUUUCCCAAGAUGAAAUUGUCAAAAAGAUAAAUAUCUUUAGACAAACAUUAUUGGGCAAACAAAAGUCUACAACUGAAUAUGAUGAAUGUGGUAGACCUGUAUUAUUCUUCGAAAGAAAUAAUUACAAAUUCAGUGUAAGGGAUUCACAUCAGUUGGCCGAUGAACAGUUAAAAAAGAAUGCAAGACUCAGAGAUGCUUUUGGUAUAUCAGAAUUUUUUAUUGAAGGCUCGAGCUUAGAUCCAGAAAGAAAAAUUAAAGAAGCAGCACUGGCCCAGUUAAAAGCGUUGCAGGUGGACCAAGCACUUGCGCAAACACAAAUGAAUGAAGACACCUCAACAAAUAAAGACAGCAGUAUAGCAAACGAACUACAGUCUAAAAGUCCUAAACAUAAAAAACGAAAGAAGAAGAAAUCAAAAUCUCAUAAAAGUGACAAAGAAAAAGGAAGUGAAAAGAAAAAAUCAAAAAAACAUAGAAGGAAUCAUAACUCUUCAUCUGAAGAUAGUCCAAGAACUGAUGAAUCAAAAGCCAACAAGAAUUUGUCUCAAGUUAAAUCCAAGUAUGAUGAUGAUAAAUAUGAGGAUAAUCAUAAAAAACAUAAAAAGGAUAAUGAUAAAACAUUAAAGAAUGAUACAAAAGAAAUAGAAUUCAAGUAUAAAAGUGAUCAAGAAGAUUACCGUAAAAAAGAUUCUGAACCAGAAAACUCUAAAAGCUUGAAAAAAGGUAAAAUAACUGAGGAAUUUAACAAGCUAAAAUGUAAAGAUAUUUUUUAUGAUUCUAAAAAACAAGAAAAUUCACCUAGACAUAAAACACUGAUAAAAGAACGUGAUAGGGAUAGAGAGAGAGAUUACGAUAAAUAUUCACAAAAACAACAUACAAAUCGUGAUGACAGUAAAUCAAGUAAGGAAAAAUAUCAUAAAACAGACUCAAAAUACAAUUCAAGGAAACGGAAUUCGAGAAGUCCUAUUAAAGAAUUAAAAAAAAAAUCUUUUAAGCCUGAUAAGUUAACUUGUAUUCCUGUUGAUAGUGAUAGUGACGAGUCUUGUUAUACUCCACCUCCCAAGGGUGUGAAUGCUAAAUUGAGUCAAUCAAAAACUGACGAAGAAAAAAAUCUCAAGAGUACUAAAUAUACAUUUUCAUUGCGUGAGAAUAGUGAAGAUCGCUCGGUUGUAAACAAGUCUAAUGGAUGCACUGACGACUUGAAAUCAGCAUUAAAAAACAGUGAAAAUCAACAUAAUAAAUCCGAAUCUCAUAAGAAAAAUAAUCGAAUAGAUCAAAUAUUUUUAGAUUCUACUACAAGUGAAGAAGGUGGGUUAGAAGACGAUAUUGAUUUAAAUAUAAUUAAAGAGAUUACUACAGAGAAAAUAAAAAAAGUAUUUGAGUUGCACGAAAAACAAGAGCAAGCACUGCUUCAUCUAAAACAAAAACUAAUGGAGAAAAAACGUAAAGUUAGGACUUCUUCCAGUUCAAGUGAAAGUUCAGAUGAACCAGUUAAAAAGAAAAGUGUCAAACGAAGACGUGUUAAAGAUUCGUCAUCUAGUAACAGUGAUGAAAAUACUAGAAAAAAGUCCAAGCGCUCCCGUUCUAGUAGCAGUAGUAGCAGUGCAAGUGACACAAGUGUUGACCAUCAUAAGUCAUUAAAACGGUCUAAAGAUAAAAAAUAUUCAAAGAAAAAAUCAUCCUUAUCACGUCGCCGUACUAAAGAUAGUACGUCUCGAUCUCGAUCUCGAUCAGUGUCAGUUAGCUCAAAUGAACGUUUACGUAAGAAACCAGUUUCCUCAAGUGAAGAUUCAAGUCCUAGGCGUAAGCAUAAAUCAUCAAAACGCAAACGUUCAUCUUGGAGACAAAGGAGCAGCAGUGAUAGUAGUAUCAGUAGUAGAUCAUCACCAUCUUACUCUUCUUACAAUAACAAAAGAUGCUAUAGUUUAAGCCGUUCACGUUCGACUUGUAGUUCAUCAAGCAGUCAUUACUCUCGCAGUUCUAGUUCUAGCCGGGACUCAAGCAGCUCUGGGUCUAGCCGUAGUUCAAAGUCUCGAUCUGCAUCUAUACCUAGGCGACGAGGGUCGCCUAGUUUUUUGGAUCGAAGACGAAUUACAAGACUGGAACACAGUGCGAGAAAAAGACCUAUCCCAUACACAAGACUAACGCCGUUUUCCACCAAUUCUGAUACGGAUAGUGUCAUCAGCGUGCACGACUCACCAAUUGCUGAGAGCCACUAACACAAUUUGUUAUAGUGCAAUAACCAUUAGGCCAACGUCUAACGGUUAAGUUAAUUAUCUAGUCAUAUAUUUGUGGAUGUGAAUUAAUCGUUWUUCAUAAUUUUAUUAUUAUUUUAACUUUCCUAACAAGUGAUUUUAUAAUCAACAUUCCACGUAGAGUAUCUAUGAGACUUAAACUUACGAAAUCUAGUCAAAAGUUGUUUUUUUACGUCUUGUAAAUGUUAUUAAUUCUUUGUGAUAUAUUAUUUUUGACGGGAAUAAUACAAUA